UUAACAAUUUCCUACUGUGAGAAAAGAAAGGAAUCACUCUGCGAAGGCUGGACCUGAGGUGUUGACUGCCGGAGAAGUUAUGGCCACAACAAUAAUGUGGGGGAAAUUGCUACAAGUAGUGUACCCAGCAUAACAAAAAUCACGACCAAAAGUUACUUAGAUUCUCAAGGCUAAAUGAAGAAAUUGGGUAGAGUUGGGAAGGGGUGAUGGGGGUUAUACAAAUUAUCUUAUUUGCUGCUAAUUUUAUACCGACAUUCGUAUCUAUAAACACAUCUGAGCUUUGAAGUGGUUUAUACAUACAACAGAUCUUGACAACCCAAUCAAGAGAGAGUUCAACAAAUGAUUUUAGAGAAGGACCUUGCCUUCAGUUGGAGAAGAAAAGCCAUUUGCUACUGGAAAGGACUUCCUGAAUGCAGUAAUUAGGGUAAGAGAGGAAGGAAUCCUAAAGGAGGAUAUGGAACUCCCUUGGAAGCAGUUUUGGGACUUAUGGAAUCUCCGAGCCUUUAUUAUCUUAAGCCUUUCAUUGCAAACCUUCUUAAUUAUAUUUUCCCCCCUGAGAAAGAGAACGGCAAACAAUUGGAUAAUCAUGCCCCUCUGGUCGGCAUACUUGCUUGCAGACUGGGCUGCAAACUUCGCUGUCGGACUCAUCUCUAACAGCCAAGGCAACACAAUUCGUCAUGAAAAUACUGAAGCUCUUCUGGCAUUUUGGGCUCCAUUUUUUCUGGUACACCUUGGUGGUCCGGAUACCAUAACUGCUUUUGCUCUCGAGGAUAAUGAGCUGUGGCUCAGGCACUUGCUUGGCCUCAUAUUCCAGUGUGUGGCUACUCUUUAUGUCUUCUUUCAAUCGCUACCCGAUAAGUUCGAUAACAAGCUAUGGAUCCCAACAAUGAUCAUGUUUAUCCCAGGAAUUAUCAAGUACUCUGAGCGGACGCGUUCUCUGUAUCUCGCAAGCUUGGGUAGUUUCCGGGAAUCCAUGCUUACAGAGCCUGAUCCUGGGCCUGACUAUGCCAAGCUCAUGGAUGAAUACUUUUCAAAGAAAGAAUCAAAACUUCCAACACGGAUCGUGAUGAUUGCAGAACCUGAUAGAGUAAUCAAAGCUGCCACUGCAGCCACAGUAGAUGAUUUGACUGACUUACAAGUGGUGCAACAUGCCUAUCGCUUUUUUAAUACUUUCAAGGGGCUUAUUGCUGAUCUGAUAUUCAGUUUUCGUGAGCGCAACCAAAGCCGAGACUUCUUCCUGAAAAGAAGAGCAGAAGAUGCUUUUAAAGUGAUAGAGGUCGAACUGAAUUUUAUCUAUGAAGUUCUCUACACAAAGGUCAGUGUGGUGCAUUGCACAUUGGGGUAUAUUUGCAGGUUUAUUUCCUUCAUUUCCGUAGUUGUAUCCCUUUUACUCUUCCAUUCCAAUAAGAAGAAUGGAUUCCGUGGGUUUGAUGUUAAAAUUACCUAUGCGUUGCUCGGUGGUGCCAUGGCCUUGGAUGCAAUUGCUCUAUUCAUGCUCAUUUUCUCUGAUUGGACCAUUGUAGCCCUCACUAAGUCACCCGAGGAUAACUCUAAGGAUAAUUCAGUUGCUGCUAAAAUCCUUACCUUCAUGCUGUCAGUCAAGAGGGGAAGGUGGUUUGAAGUCUUGCGCCGCAGGUGGUGUGAAUCUGUCUCGAAAUACAAUUUAAUAUAUUAUUGCCUCCAUCAACGUUUGAAAAUGAAAGAAAAACUCAUUGGUUAUUUGGGCCUUACCAACUUCUUAGAUGGGCUAAAAUAUGUGCAGAAGGAACCUUUCUCUGAAGGGUUAAGAGACUUCAUCUUCAAGGAGCUGCAAACAAAAUCUUCAAUGGCAGACGAUUUAGAAACUGCCAAGGAACUAUCUUCAGCCAGAGGUGAUUGGAUUCUUCGGAUUAAAGGUUGCAGCACCUUACUUCCAUACAUUGUUGAUGUGGAUUAUGAUGAAAGCCUUCUAUUAUGGCAUAUUGCAACUGAACUCUGCUAUAAUGAUGAUACUGGUGAAGGAAAUGCUAGAAACAAUACUGGUGCAGGCAAAAGUUCACCGCACUGUUGUUGCUUGUAUUUACCGGGAAAAAAUACUGGUGAAGGAAAUGCUAAUAACAAAACUGGUGAAGGCAAUGCUUCUAAGAAGUAUCGUGAUUUUUCCAAGCUCUUGUCAGAUUACAUGUUAUAUCUUCUAGUUAUGCAGCCAACAAUGAUGUCUGCAGUGGCUGGUAUUGGUCAAAUAAGAUUCAGAGAUACCUGUGCUGAAACCAAGAAAUUUUUUCGUAGAAGGAAAUCAGAACAGGGACAGGAACAGACACGAGCCUUUCCAAAUAUCUUUGCUGUUAAGAAAUUCUUCUGCAGAGAUAAAUCAAAAGAGGAUAAGGAACAGAGAAGUGCCUGCAAGAGUAUCCUGGAUGUUAAUACAGAAGUUAAACCAGUUACUGUGAAAGGAGAUAGAAGCAAAUCUGUGUUGUUUGAUGCAUGCAGGCUGGCUAAAGAGCUGAAAGAGUUGGAUGAGAAAGGGAAAGAUAAAUGGGAAAUAAUCAGCAGAGUGUGGGUAGAAUUGUUGUCUUAUGCUGCGAGUCAUUGCAGAGCAAAUAGUCAUGCUCAGCUCCUGAGUAGGGGUGGAGAGCUCAUCACUUUGAUUUGGUUAUUAAUGGCUCAUCUUGGCUUGGGGGAUCAAUUUCAAAUAAGUGAAGGUCAUGCAAGAGCAAAACUUAUUGUGAGGAAAUAGAUAAAUCAGUAUGUGGUAUCAAUUGAUUGAUGACAUGUCUUAAUUGUCAGUGACAAUGGGAGAUGAUAUUUGGUGUUUUUGUGAAAAACUUAUUUUGAUCUCUCUCAUUUUGUUGUUUCAGUUUUCAAGAAAAUCAAAGGCCUGUAAUAUAUGAAUUUACAUAUUUAUUUCUACAGUACAGAGGCCUCCUACUUGUAACUUCUAAA